GGGGAAGAGAUACAAAGCGCAUGCGUGCAGUUUAGGUUAAUCGAUUUUUAACCUCGUAGCGGCGCAUCUUACUCUUUUGGACGAUCUUUGCUCCGGGAACAUGGCGUCGGAUGAGAUCCUAGCGGCUCUGGGGGUGGGCGGAGCCUCAGCAGCUGCGCAUGCUCUGUCUCUUCCAGCUGAAGCAUACGGAAAUGACCCUCAGCUGGAGGCGAUGUGGGCCAUGAAGGCCUUCAACCACGCGGAGGUUUACUUCAACCUCAUCUCCUCCGUGGAUCCAAAGUUCUUGAAACUGACGAAACUCGACGACAAACUUUACUCCAGCUUCCGGGAAACGUUCAAAGACCUCGACGUGAAGCUGCUGGCGACGGACGAUCUGAAGUCUGACCAGGCGAAAGAGACGUGGCGUUUGUUCUGUAACCAGUUUGAAGGACAAGUUGAGGAUUUUAACUACGGGACGCUGCUGCGCCUGGACUGUGAGAAGGACUACACGGAGGAAAACACCAUAUUUGCCACCAGAGUUCAGUUCUUUGCCAUCGAGAUCGCUCGCAACCGAGAGGGACUCAACAACGUGGUCUACAUGUCCAAGCGGUCCACCAGCUAACCCCCCCCCGUCACCUUCCUCAUCCUCAUCCUCAUCAUCAUCCUCAUCCAGCCCUUAGACCCGACCGGAUUCACUCAUUACAAUCUGGCUCGGAACGAUUUCUGGACUCUAUGAACUCACCUCCGCUUGGUUUUCUUUUGUAUUUAAAGUUUUAUCUAUCGUGCCAAAUCUCCAUCAUCCAUGGUUUGUUUUGUAAAAAUAUCUGAAUAUCAUUUGUUCGUAACAAAUAAAAAGUCGACUGAAAUUUA